AUGGCAGAGACGACUGAGAAGACCAAGAAGCUGGAGAAGACCAAGGUCUUGAAGCCGCUGGAAGAGGUCAUUGACCUCGGCACCGAGGAGGUACCUCUCCACAGCGCCCAGGAACGCUUGGAACUCCGCAGGAGUGAUCGAGGUAAAGGCGGGAAGAGCAAAGGAAAAGGCAAAGGCCGUGGCCGUGGAAAAGGAGGCGCGAAGGGCGCGAAGGGCCCGGAGCUCGUGCGAGAUCGUGGGUUACAGGAGCGAAUCAACAAGUACACGAGGCCUGGGGCUUCGUGGGAGGAGUUGAAGCCCCAAAGUGACAAGAAGCUCAGGGGCCAGUUGAAACAACUGCAGCGCGCAGACCGGGACGCGGCGUUCCUCUUGGCCAAGGCGGAGGUGCUUCAAACAGCCGAGCCUGGUUUUAUUGAGCAGGAGGAGGAUAAUGCCAUACUGCUCACGCAGCAGGAGAUCAUUGACUCCGCUGGUGUGGGAGUUGCUCGGAAGCAUUUCGACUUCGAGUUGCCUUAUGGCCCCUACAAUUGA